UGACGUCAUUUCCCGAUGACGUCACCCCCACUCCCCUCACCGACAACGUCACCCGCCCGCCACGAGCCGCUAUGGACGCGUGCGUUGAGUUGCUCCGUGAAGAGUUCCCGCUCAUCGACAGCGAGCUGUUCGAAUACGUGACAGGUGUGCUCGAGUGCAGCGCUCUGGACUUUGAGUCGGCGGACGAUGUGGUGGACGCUGUGGGUGAUGUGCUGCAGGAGGGCUCGGAGGUUGUCAAGGACAACGAGGACAUCAGAGACGUCUGCCAGAGGAUGUUCAACGCGCUGCACGUGAAUGGACUGAGUGGCUCAGGGAGGCUACAAUCCAGGCUUGAUACUCCGAUACAGCUGGCGGAGAUGGCUGGACAUUUUGAACGCGCUUCCUCGAACGCAGCACACAGUUUCUUCGCAAAGAAAGGACCGAACACGCAAGUGGACCAGAAGAAGCUGGGGAAGGCGGAGGCCAAGCUGAAGGCAAAGCAGGAGCGGCGGGCAGAGCGCGAUACAGGCCGGCCCCGCGGCCCCGUGAUUCUGGAGGAGGCGUCGGCGAGCCAGGCCUCCAGCCGGAAGGACACCAAGCUAGAGGCCUCUGGGAAGAACAAAACCUUCGACAUCCGCAUAGAGAACUUCGACAUCUCCUUUGGAGAGAGGUCGCUGCUGUGUGGCGCGGAGCUCUUCCUCGUGUACGGUCGGCGCUACGGACUCAUCGGCAGGAACGGCCUGGGCAAGACCACGAUGCUCAAGAUGAUCGCUAACCGCAGCUUGCGCGUGCCCACGCACAUCUCGGUGCUGCACGUGGAGCAGGAGGUGGCGGGCGAUGACACGCCGGCGCUGCAGAGCGUGCUCGAGUCGGACACGGAGCGGGAGAGCCUGCUGCUGCGAGAACGCGAGCUCAACAAGCGCCUCGCCGCCGGCAUAGUCGAUGGCACGGAGGCGGCGCAACUGACCGAGGUGUUCGCCCGCCUGGAGGAGAUCGAGGCCGACAAGGCGCCUGCCAGGGCCUCCGUCAUCCUUGCCGGCUUGGGCUUCACGCCCACGAUGCAGCAGCAGCCGACGAGGGAAUUCUCGGGAGGGUGGCGCAUGAGGCUAGCGCUCGCCAGAGCACUCUUUGCCAAGCCUGACCUGCUCUUACUUGAUGAGCCCACCAACAUGUUGGACAUCAGGGCCAUCCUUUGGCUGGAAAACUACCUGCAGACGUGGAAGUCGACCAUCCUGGUGGUGUCUCACGACCGCAACUUCCUGAACGCGGUGGUGACGGACGUCGUGCACCUGCACUCACGCCGCCUCGACGCGUACCGCGGGGACUACGAGGCCUUCAUCAAGACCAAGGAGGAGCGGCUCAAGAGCCAGCAGCGCGAGUUCGAUGCCCAGAUGCAGUACCGUGAGCACAUUCAGGUAUUCAUCGACCGCUUCCGGUACAAUGCCAACCGUGCCUCCCAGGUGCAGAGCAAGCUGAAGCUUCUGGAGAAACUUCCACAGCUGACGCCGAUAGAGAAGGAGUCUGAGGUCAUGUUGAAGUUCCCCGACGGCUUUGAGAAGCUAUCGCCGCCCAUCCUGCAGCUCGACGAGGUGUUGUUCUACUACAACCCCGGGGAUCCCAUCUUCCACAACGUCUGCCUCUCCGCCGACUUCGACUCGCGCAUUUGCAUUGUUGGAGAGAACGGGGCUGGCAAAACGACCCUGCUCAAGAUUCUCAUGGGGAAUUUGUCACCAGUGCAAGGCAUUCGGCACGCACACAGGAACCUGAAGCUGGGCUACUUCAGCCAGCACCACGUGGAUCAACUCGACCUCAACGUUAACUCGGUGGAGCUACUUGCCGCCAAGUUUUCAGGCCGCUCGGAGGAGGAGUACCGCCACCAGCUGGGUCUCUAUGGCGUGUCGGGAGAGCUCGCAGUUCGCCCCGUCGCCAGCCUUUCCGGGGGGCAGAAGAGCCGUGUCGCUUUCGCACAGAUGACCAUGCCCAGUCCAAACUUCUACAUCCUGGACGAGCCGACCAAUCACUUGGACAUGGAGACCAUUGAGGCUCUCGGCUGUGCCCUCAACAAGUUCAAGGGCGGCGUGAUCCUCGUGUCUCACGACGAGCGGCUGAUCCGCACGGUGUGCCGCGAGCUCUGGGUGUGCGAGGAGCGCGGCGUGCGCAGAGUGGACGGCGGCUUCGACGAGUACAAGCACGUCCUGCACGAGCAGUUCAGCAAGGAGGGCAUGAUCUGAGCGCCGCAGUCGCGCCGGCUCGCGCGAUCACAGGCUCCACCCCCCCCCCUCCCGCCCCACUCGAUCGCUUAUCCGGCUGCUCGCUCGCCUACGUGCUGGUUCAUCCACCUACUCUCUCGCUAAUCUUCUUACUCGCUCAAUCAUGCACCCGCUCGCUCGCCCAUUCGCUCGCCCAUUCGCUCAUCAACCCACUCAUCAACUUGGUCGCUCACUCAUCCAGCUCUUUCGCGAAUCCACUUAUUCGCUCACUCUUUUCAAUCGCUCGCUCAUUCAUGCACCCGCUCGCCCAUCAACCCACUCACUCAUCAACCCACUCACUCACUCAUCCACCUACUCUCUCACUAAUCCACCUAUUCGCUCACUCUUUUCAAUCGCUCGCUCAUUCAUGCACCCGCUCGCCCAUCAACCCACUCACUCAUCAACCCACUCACUCACUCAUCCACCUACUCUCUCACUAAUCUACCUAUUCGCUCACUCUUUUCAAUCACUCGCUCAUUCAUGCACCCGCUCGCCCAUCAACCCACUCACUCAUCAACCCACUCACUCAUCCACCUCUCUCACUAAUCCACCUACUCGCUCACUUUUUUCAAUCACUCGCUCAUUCAUGCACCCGCUCACCCGCUCGCUCGCUCAUCAACUUGGUCACUCGCUGUUCCACCUCCUCUCGCUAAUCCACUUAUUCCGCUCAUCCACCUGCAGAUUUAUCUCUUCACUUGUUCACCUUCCGGUUCAUCUGCCUAAUCGCUCGAUUGUCCUUCUGUCUGCUCGUUAGCACCUUACGGUUUUCCCUUUGGACGCAGGCUUAUUUGGCAGAAUUGAUGGGGAAGGGGGGAUAAAUAAGGGAAACGUUGAUGAUGAAAGGGUGCCUCGAUCGAAGCGCACCGAGGCCUGUACAGCACAUUGUUCACAGUUCGAUUUGUAGCGCGUAGGUGAAACAGCCGGUGCCGUGCCCUGCGUCUCUGUGGGUGCUGUGCGUCCCCGGCAACACGAGACGUACCCAGACUUGCGCGCGCACACGCGAGACAUUGUUUUUUGUCAUCGGAAAAUCAAAGUUGGCCGCUUUAUAGCCGCAAACGUGCGCCACACAACCGCACGUCAACUUGGGAAGAUCAUGAUUCGUGAUACUGCACAUGCAUCGCCAUCGUCAGCAUCGGGAGAGGGGGGGUGAGGUUGCCCCACCCGGCUGGAUAUGCGUUCCCCAGUCGACACUUUUGCCCCGUGACCUUCAUGGCAGGGUGACCCCACUGACACAUCGUGCCGUACCCUGGACUCUUAAAGAUGGAGCCUGUGCGUCGUCCCUGUUGUUGCAGCGCAGAAAUAUUCCCGGAAAUUUUUCGCAGUGCGGUUUUUUGUUUGUUCUCUCCUGAAGGUGAUUUACGUUUUUGCAGUUACGUCAGAACGUGUGCACAGUGGCCUCUGUUGUUGGCUGUGUGUGGUGUUAAAAGGAGAACGGCAACGCAAAAAGAACAGACGGUUUAUUCAUUGUCAAUUUUAAAGGAGGGAGAAAGACUUAACAAAAAAAGACAAUUUGUUGCUGCGCUCUGCGUAAUAGGAUUGUUUAUGAGUUUACGUAAACUCAUUCAAGAGUGCCCAGGAGGAUUGAAGGACAUACAUUAAAAGUGUACCCUAACUCAAUCUCCUCACCUUUUUUUCUAAUUUAUUCACCCCUAUUAAUAUAUGACAAAUAGUCAUUAAUCUUCAUCUGCUAAUGCCUGGUCUGUCAGUUUGUUGUCUAGAGACCCCAUCAGAGAAUGCUGAUCUAUUCUCCAAACUCGCGAUACGAUGCAUCUUGUUUAAACACCCUCAGUCAUAAACCAACUUAGAGGGAAACUAGAGAACGACUGAAUUUUAAGGAGCAGUUUUUUUUAUUGAUGUGGAUAGAAGGUUUUAAGGAAAAAAACAUUCAACACAACAGUCAGUCUUUAAACAAAUUACUUGGUGAUGCUGCUACUGCUGCAUUGGCAGUGGUGCAGAAACAUGAACAAGAAUAACACUGCCUUAAAAAUAAAAAUUGUAUAAUGUGGCAUUUCAGGCAAUGAGCCUUCAUAAUAGCAUAUUUACGUUUUUCGAAACCGUCAUUCUCAGCACGUUCCUGAGAAGCACCAUUGCCUCAAAAAGUCGCCUGUCAUAUAAUUUUUAUCUUUCUUAGGAAAUGUUAUUGACGCAAGCGAGUUGUUUUUUUCGUAUCUCAGCUUGACAUUCGUUUGGGGGUGACUUUUUCAAUAUUUAGUUCUGAAAAUCUUUCGAUUUCUCCACUUGCACACGGCGUGUAUCCAUUUCUCCUGAUCAUUUCAUUCCCAUUGACAUCGAAUGAUGAUGAUGAUGGUUGUUUCGCGUGCACAGCUGCCUAGCCAGCUGAGAAUUGCCCGUGCUGCUGCUACGAAACCCGCGUUGCGAUUCUCGGCGUCACGUGUUUAUUGACGCCGAGCGUAAAGUUGUAGCCUCCCCUCGUCCACCAGAGCGACCCGGAAUGUUGCCGUCGUUACAGAUGAGUGCAUUUAUUUUUGAACCCCAUUCUUCGCUCGACACCCAUCCGAGGAGCAGACGAGAACCAGUAGGAGAGCAACAGCUGACCUGUGACGACGGAUUGUGCGCAGUCGAUUAACGCUCGGUCUUGAGUUGAGAGCAAAAUCGCUUAUUAGUCGUUCGUGACGGCUCGCGAACACGUUUUUACGGUAUUUAACAACGCGCGCUUAGGAUUUAUAACCUCCGUUAUGUUUUUUGGGUGAAAUUGGUCCACGUUCAUGAAUUGGUAUUCUGCACCCUAACGGAAACGGAAGGUUCUACGUGGAAUGAGCGCAAGGUUUUGUAUUGAAUCAUGGACUUUAAACCUCCUUCAUGAGGCUGGUUCUGUGUCACAUUCAGACAAAGAUUUAUCUUUUCAUGUGAAGCCACUUUGUCAAUCCGCUUGCUGAAUGAGGGCCUACCCCACGCCAUAUGGGCCAUGGGGGUUUUAUUGACCAUGCUUCACCAUGCUGGUCAUUGUAAGUUGGUGAAGAAGGGGAGAAUAGAUGUUGGGCCAUAGAAAUACAGCACAGCAAUGGAGUUUGCUGCGCUGCCCUCUGCUGCCCAUUAUAAAGCUUCCUCCCGAUGACAACCUGUUUUGUACCUGGUGGAUACCUUUCAAAAUCCUGAGAUCUGAUGAUGUUGGGCACAUUCCAGGUGAUUUGGUCAAAGGCACAUUCGUUGGUAAAACCUCUCGUAAGAAGUCAAGUAUUUUACAUUGAAUGGCCAUGUUAAAUCUCUCAACAAAAUGGUUCCAAGGGUGUGCAUCAGAUUAGACAAGGGUUAUUGAUACAUUUGGUUACGGCUUCCGUGUACGACUUGGCUGGUAUUUUACAGAAUAGUUUCACGCAAACCCUGACCAACCGCAGAACUGUGAACGCCUUAUUUUAGUCGCCUUUUCUGGCGAGAAAUAAUCAACAAAUCAUUGUGGAUCUCGUCAGACCUGGGGCUCGGUUUUUUUUCUGCCCCCUUCGCUGUCACCUGCGAGCCUUUCGAGUGGCGCGAGUCUCGAAUUUAUGGAAAUGCUGCUUUGUUGCGAUGUCAUUGGCGGAGUUGAGAGGAGGGGCACUACUAACGUCAAUCCUUCACUCUGGGGUGCUGACGGUGCAGCACCGCCACUUGUAAAUAUCAGACUGGUGGUGUUUGGCCAACAUUGGCUUGGCCACACCCGACGCGAGGAAUUUAUCAAUAUUUAACAUUAUUUUGAAACCCGUGUAAGGUCACAACUGAUGCUGGGGUCUGUGCUAAAGCCUGGGGCUGACUCGUCCUGUUUUUAGAAUCGAAAAUCCCAGGAGCUGACAGAAACACUUUGGAAGCGUUCAGUCACGUAGCACGGUUGGCAAUGGCCCUCACGCAAGGGAUGAGAUGGGGCUCCCUCUGUACGAUUUCUCUCAUCUACGUAGCCCAGCGUCUGGCCCCCCAGUGCAGUUUCACCGCCUGCACACUCGAACAGCUAUGCCACUGGAAGCACUCGUGCAGCAAAGGUUUUUUUGUUUGUUGGCGGUUGGUUUUAACCGACGAGAUGCUUCGUUGAGUGGAAUCAGCUCAUGAAUUGUGUUUAAUCUAUGCAGUUGCUCCCACAAUUGGGUGAAUUGUUGCUCUGUAAAGGUUGCCUCCCCUCCCCCCGAGCUGUGGAUUUCGGCCAGCCCGGAACAUGCCGCGUGGUUUUGACAGUGACUCGUGCUGCCCUCCGCUCUCCAUUGUAAUAAAGCAUCGACUGCGA